AGUAUCAAUACAUUGUUAACUAGAUUCUCUUAUCUAUUUCAACAGCAUUUCUAUUUGCUUUGGCUUUGAAAUACUUCAAAAAGCUUUAUUAAUUAUUUUUGUUCAUUGAUUGCUCUGAUGAAUCUAUUGCAACUCAUUAUCGAAUAGUAGCUACUUCAGGAGAAGAAUUUGUUUGUAAAAAAUAAAUUAUGUUUGAUAAACCCUAUUUCGUGUUUAAGUACUCUCUUUUAAAAUAUAUAGAAUGCUAAAGUAUUCAUUUAAUAGUGGAACUUAAUUUUAUUAACCAAUUGAAUUUGAAAUAAAAGGUAAGACUUUGACCGAUAUUAUUACUUUAAGUUCAAAGCAAACCAGGGAACAUAAAAUUAAAUAUUUUGGAACAUGUUAACUUAAGAUUCCAAUAGAAUCGAUAUUCAUAUAUUCAUUGCAUGCAUUUACAGGUCCAUUCAAUAUUUUAUAAUAUUUUGCUGUUGCAAUAUGGUUUGCAGAGAAAACAGUACUUCAACCAGUUCUGAUCUUGAUUUUCACAGUUUUAACAGUCUAUUUGAAUUACUUUUUGUAUGUUAGAUCAAGAAGAAGAUUAUAAUAAUUGGCUAAUAUACAUUAAGAAGUGUCAAUUAAAGAAAAUGAUUAAAUUAAACUUAUAAAUGGAGCUGAUCUUGUACCUGGUGAUUUACUCAUUCUUAAAGAUAAUCAAACAUUAAAUUGUGAUUGUGCCAUCAUUUAAGGUGAUGUUAUUGUUAAUGAAGCUACAUUAACUGGUGAAGGCAUUCCUAUUCCUAAAACAGCAUUACCUAAUCAAAACUCUACAUUUGAACUUGAAAAAAUGACUUAACAUUGUUUAUUUGAAGGAACUAAAUUAAUAUAAGUCAACAAUGCCUAAUAAAAUAUUGCCAUUGUACUUAGAACUGGUUUUACAUCUCUUAGAGGUUAAUAUUUUAGAAAUGUACUAUUUCCCGAACCUCCUUCAAUGAGAUUUUAUAUUUAAGCUGCUAAAUUCAUUCUUGAAAUAGCUUUUAUUAUUGCAGUUGUCUAUGGAUUCCUAUUAAUUGAAUACAUUCCUAUGGAAUUUAAAUCAAGUCUUUUAGUAUUAAGAUUUUUGGAUAAUAUUGUUUGGUCAAUUCCACCAUCAAUGCCCAUAUUCUUCUAAAUUUGUAAGACUGCAAGUUUGGUUAGACUUGAAGCUAAAGGAGUCAUUGGAAAUAAUGCUGAUAAAGUGGAAUCAGCUGGUAGAAUUGAUACUUGUUGUUUUGAUAAAACUGGAACUCUCACUACUUUAGGAUUUAAAGCAAUUAAAGCAUUUCCAGAGGAAGAAAAACCUAUUUUAGAUGCUAUUAUGGGUUGUUGCCAUCACUUAAUUAAAAUAAAUGGUUAAUUAUUAGGAGAUCCAUUAGAAAUUGAAAUGCUUAAUUUUGUAGGUUGGCAAUGUAACUUUAAUAAUAAUCCAUUAACAAUUGAUGGAAAUGGAAAAACAUAUACAAUUCAUAAAAUCUUUGACUUUAGUUCUUCAAAAUCAAUGAUGAGUGUUAUUGUAACUGAUGGAUCUAAAUAUUAUUUAUAUGCUAAGGGUUCACCUGAAUCGAUUAAUGCAAUUUCAAUUAAGAAAAGAGAUGAUUUGAUUGAAGAAUUCAAUUUGAAUGCUAUUAAAGGUUAUAGAGUCUUAGGAUUGGCAUAUAAAGAAUUAUAAUCAAAUUAAAUUGAUUAAUUGAGAGAACAAUUAGAAUCAUAAUUAAACUUUGUUGGUCUUUUAGUAAUGGAGAAUCCAUUAAAAUCAGAUACAAAUGAAAUUAUUACAACUUUAAAAGAAUCAGGAUUAGAUAUUAAAGUUAUAUCAGGGGAUAAUCCUUUGACAACCAUUUAAUGUGCAAAAUUAGCUGGAAUUAUUAAUUAAGAUAAUGAAAUUACAUUUUUAGAUUAUAACUAAUAAAAUUAAGAAAUUAUACUUUAAUGCAAUAAUAAUCAAUAAAUAAUUAAGGAAUAAUAACCAAAUAGUAUUUAAGAAUUAGAAUAAUUUAUAAGUACUCAAUAAGAAUUAGCUUUAACUGGCAAAUUUUUAGAAUUUGUGACAAACAAAAGCAAUUUUUAAUUAGAACCUAAGAAUUCAGCAAAUACUGUUGGCAAAUCUUAAAGUAAGGAAAAGAUAUUUACUGAAAUUAAUCAAAUUGAUAUUGACGACGGAUCUUUUGGAUAAUUGGCUAUCUCCAUUAUUAAAAAAGCUAAGGUAUUUGCUCGUUAAAAACCUGAGUAAAAGAAAUUAAUAAUUCAAAUAAUUCAAAGUUUUGGAAGAUAAGUAUUAAUGUGUGGAGAUGGAGCUAAUGAUUGUGUAAUUAUAUUUAUUUAAUUCAUUUUAGUCAGCAAUCUCAUAAGCUUAAGUUGGAAUUUCAUUUAGUGAAGCUGAUGCCUCUUAUACUGCUCCUUUCAGUAGUAAAUCUACUUCAUUAGAUUGUGUUGUUAAAGUACUGUUAUAAGGCAAAGCAGCUACUAUGACUAUUAUUGAAGUGUUUUAAUAUUAAAUCAGUGUUAAUACAUUGAAAUUUGUAGCUGUACUCUUUACUUUUUUAGAAGCUGAAACUUUUGCAGAUUUUCAAUUUACUUAUACAAGCAUUAUAUCAAAUAUUCCCUUAUUAAUAUUUUUAUGUUUAUCUGGUCCAUGUGAUACAUUAGCCAAAUAUAAUCCAUUAGAUGAUUAAUUUGCUAUUUAUAAUCAAAUUUAAAUUUAUAAUAAUUUAGUUUGGGGAGUAGCAGGGUAUUAUAAUAUAUUAAUUAAAUUUAGAUUAAUUGCCAAUUAUUUCAUUUCAGUAGCAGUCAGAGAUGUUCAUACUUGUGAAAUGGAUGAGCCAAUUGAAAAUUGUAUUCCAUAACCAAUUGAAGAAUUAAAGAAAUCUGGAGAUAUUUAAUCAGUAAUGUUUAUGAGUUUGAUGUUCUUCUUUAUGACAUUUGCAAUCAACUUGUACAUUUCCAAUCCUUUCAAAUAAAGAUAUUAUAGAAACUAUCUAUUACUCUUAUGGACAAUAUUGGGUUUUGUUCUAUUCUUUGUUUCUGCAAUCUUUCCAAAAGGAGGAAAAUGGGCUAAAUUGAUUAAUGUCAAUGAUAAUGCGUAACUAUAUUUUAUUUAUAUUUUUAGAUUCAAAGGUUAUAAUUGGAUCAUGAUAGCUGUUGUUGUAAUAGCCGCCUUGUUAGGGUUUAUUACUUAAGCUAUUUUACAAAAAUAUCUUCCUUCUAAAAAGAAAAUUGAAUUUUGA